GGCAAGGAGCACAGUAACACCCAACUCUUCAACAUCAGUCUUCGAUAACUCUCGCUUCAACGACAUCGUUCUUUGAAUAUCCGCCAAUAUGCAACUUUCACUUAUCCUCGCACUUUUGCCGCUGGCUCUAGCCGCCCCGGCCCCGGCCCCGGAACCAGCACCAGUAAUCCUUCCGCGAGCUGGCUCUGCUAUUCCUGGACGGUACAUCAUCAAGAUGAAGAAUGAGAACCUCGAUAAAAGUGUCAACUCCGCCUUGAAGCACUUGAGGAAGGGCCCCCGGCACGUCUACAAGUUCGGUAACUUCGGCGGCUUCGCUGCUGAUUUGACCGAUGAGACUCUCGAUACCCUUCGUCACCUCCCUGGAGUUGAUUACAUUGAGCAGGACGCAAUCGUCAAAGCCAAUCUUGGCACGGUUGAUCAUCUUGAGAAGAAGGCUUAUGUCACGCAGGCCUCGUCCACCUGGGGUCUGGCGCGUAUUUCUCACAUAGCCCGAGGUAGCACAUCUUACACCUAUGACAGCACUGCUGGUGCCAACACGUGCGCCUACGUUAUUGACACCGGUAUCUCCACCACCCACCCUGAGUUCGAGGGCCGCGCCGUUUUCCUCGCCAACUUUGCUGGCGAUGGCACGAACACAGAUGGUAACGGCCACGGCACUCACGUUGCUGGCACUAUAGGCUCUAAGACUUACGGAGUCGCGAAGAAGACCAAGCUCUAUGCUGUUAAGGUCCUUGACGCAAGCGGUUCGGGUACCAACUCUGGUGUCAUUGCCGGUAUCAACUACGUCGCCAACGACGCAAAGACCCGUAGCUGCCCCAAUGGCGCCGUCGCCAACAUGUCUCUUGGAGGCUCUAAGUCCACCGCUGUCAACUCCGCCGCUGCCAAUGUCGUCUCCUCUGGUGUUUUCCUGGCUGUUGCCGCUGGCAACUCGGCUGCGGACGCUAGCACCUUCUCUCCUGCCUCAGAGCCUACUGCCUACACUGUUGGCGCCACUGACAGCUCUGACCGAUUCGCCUCCUUUUCUAACUUUGGCACCGCUGUUGACAUCCUCGCUCCCGGUGUUGCUAUCCUAUCUACUUGGCUCAAUGGUGGCACUAACUCCAUCUCCGGUACCUCAAUGGCCUCUCCCCAUGUUGCCGGUCUCGGAGCCUACCUGCUAGGUUUUGAGGGCAAGAAGACUCCCGCUGCUCUUUCUGCCCGCAUCACUGCCCUUUCCAACAAAAACAAGAUCACCGGUCUGCCCGCCGGCACCAAGAACUACCUUGCUUUCAACGGCAACCCAAGUGGUUAAACAUUCGGUUAGACAACUAUUAAAGGGUUAUCGCUGGUAUGUGUUUCAAGGAGAACUGAGAUGGACGAGUGGGAUCUGGGUUGCAGAAUAUAGAACUGGGUGAUAGAAGUCAUGAUUGUUGUAUGGAUGGGGGAAGUUGCAAAUUCCUGGCGUAGCAUGUAGUGGUGAUGCUAUUUAGUUU